AUGAAUUCGUGCAUACCGUCCUCGACGCAUACGACGAACAUAGCGAGCUCAGCCUCUGGCCGGGUGACGUCUAGACAUCGGCCAGCCAUAUUCAUUGAAGAUCGAAAUCGUAACACAGCAGAUUUUGCGCUGGUAGCGCGCCAGAAGACGGACUUUACGCGCACACGCAUGGUGGAUUUAGUGCUGAUGGAUUGGACCAUGCUUCAGUUUUCAACAACAACGGACGCGGAACGGUAUGUGUAUGACAUGUCCAUGAUGGCAAUGUGGAAUUGUGUUUCCACUGAUCAGCGGAAUAUCACGUGUGGCCCUCCUGGUGAGAAGGGUGAUUGGGAAAUGAUGUUAGAGCGACUAGUGCGGCUAUUCCGUUAUGAUAUAGAAGGGAUAACAUGGAAGCACUUCCUCCCACCCGUCAUCUCUCGGUUCGCAAAAAACCUCGACCUCUGGUCCGAAGCCGCGCCCCAUGGCGGUGAAUGA